AUGUCUGGCAGGAGUGACUGGUUUCAGAGUUCCCGGGUCCCUAGUUUUGCUCAAAUGGUGAAAAAGAACUUGCCGGUUCAACCAUCAGCCCAGACGGUAACUACACCUACAAGAUAUUCCUCGGAAAGUCAUAGUCUGUCGAGUGUGGCAUCUAAGGUUACGCAAGUGACGGGUAAUUUUCCAGAACCAUUGUUUUCCAAAGGUCUUUCAGCUAUUUCAAAUCCCGUUCUUCCUCCAAAAAAAAUACCUAAGGAAUUUAUAAUGAAAUACAAACGUGGAGAGAUAAAUCCUGUGUCAGCCUUGCACCAGUUUGCACAAAUGCAACGGGUUCAGCUUGACCUUAAGGAGACUGUAAUAACAGGUAAUAUUAUGGGAUCGUAUUUUGCUUUCUGUGCUGUGGUGGAUGGUAUUCAAUAUAAGACUGGAUUGGGACAAAAUAAAAAGGAGUCUAGAUCCAAUGCAGCAAAAUUAGCUCUUGAUGAGCUUCUACAGAUGGAUGAGCCUGAACCAAGAAUUUCAGAAGUAUCAGGUCCUCCUCCCAUCCCUGCGGAACCUGUUGUUUCACCUAAACCAGCUUAUGUUUCAAAAGUACAUUACGGUAGGCAAGUUCUUUGUGGUGUUCUUUUUUAG